GGGAGGAGGCAUGGAACCAAGAAAGAUGCCUUGUGUCUGUUCUUCCCCAUGUCUCAUGACUCCCUAUCUUGACUCAUUCUUGCUAUGCUUCAACAAUACGGCAUUUCUCUAUCCUUCAAAUCAAUAUUCUAAAGUUCUAUCAAUCAUGUAAAUGGUUAUAAAUACAGAGAUAAGCAAUGUGUAUGUGCAUAUGUGUGUGUUUUCGAGCUCAGAAGCCAUGAAGUACACGAAAGAGUUCAUAUCACACUUCAGCCAUCCUCAGCACAAGCUUAAAUUCGAGUACACAGAAACACCAUUCAAAUGUGAUGGCUGCAAAGAAGCUGGGAUCGGAUCAAAAUACACGUGCAAGAUUUGUGACUAUGAUCUGCACAUGCAUUGUGCAAUCCCGACAUCCCCAUCAAUAUUUCACCCGUUCUACAGGAAAUGUUCGUUUGAGUUCUUAGCACGUCCACCAGGCACCAAAGCACGCUACUGCAAUGCUUGCAGAAAGGACGUGACAGGGUUUGUUUACCACUGCCACUCAUGUGGAUAUGAUCUCCAUCCGUGUUGUGCAAAGCUCCCUACCAUGCUCGAUGAUGGAGAAAUGAAGUUGUUUUUGUAUAGGAAGGUAAGGUCAACUUGUCACAAGUGUGGUCGAAAAGGGAGGAGGAGCUGGAGUUACAGGUCUGAAUGUAAGAAAUAUAAUCUGCAUGUUGCUUGCGUGAAGGAGAUGUUGGUCGAAACAUGGCAUGAGAUAUAUUUUGGGGGGAGGCUGAAUUCUUAUGGCUUGAGAAAUGGGAUUCCUAGUUUGAAGGGGACACUGAUGCAAAAUCAACAUAGGAGAAGUAAAACCAAAGUGAGGAAAUGUUGCGAAAUUGGGGCUUUGGCUCUGCAAUUUGUUAUAUCAGCAGUUCUGGGAGAUCCUACAACUCUGAUAGUUGGAGUUGUGGGCUCCUUGAUGUCAAAAUAACUCAAAUCUAUCUGAAGUUUUAGUUCAGAACUA